UCUUAAUGCCAGAUGGUCAGCACCUCAGUGGAAUAUUUUGGAUGGGAAAAAAUCCAGUGUGGUGGAAAUGGUCUGCAUGCUCCAGGACAGGAGCCUGGCCAGGAGGGAGACACAAGAGGAAGAAUGGCUGCAGGUUUGCUGACAACCUGGUCACAGGACUCGGUGACCUUCGAGGAAGUGGCAGUAGACUUUUCACAGGAGGAGUGGGCACUGCUGGACCCUGCUCAGAAAAUCCUGUACAGAGACGUGAUGCUGGAGAACUUUAGGAACCUGGCCUCAGUGGGGUAUCAUCUCUGCAAACACAGUCUGAGCACUGAGGUGGAGCAGGAAGAGCUGAAGCCAGAGCAGAGAGGAAUUCUCCAGGGUGCUUAUAGAGACCGGGAUACUCAACUUAAAUCAAAAGACGCAAUUCUUACACACAAUGUUCCUGGGGAAAAAACUUCCAAUGGCAUAAAAACGGCAGCAACUCACCCUGGUGAGAAACCAAUGGAAUUUAAUCAUUGUGGAAAAUUCUUCAGAAAGAACUGUCACCUUAUUUGUCCAAGAUAUUGCAAGAGAGAGAAAUGUUACAAAUAUAAAGAAUAUUGGCAAGACUCUGGCCAUCCCUCAACUCUUAGGAGUCAUGUGAGUACUCACACUGGAGAGAAAAUUACUGAAUUUAAUGGUUGUGGAAAAAUUUUCAAUCAAGAAUCAUCCCUUAGGAAACACUUAACUCUCACAGGAGAGAAAUCUUCUGAGUGUAAUCAACAUCUUAUGUCCUUCAACUUACACUCUUCCUUUUCAGUACAUGAACAAAUACCUACUGGAGAGAAACUCUGUGAAUGCAGUGACUAUGGAAAAAGAUCUUCCCUUAGUUUCCACAAAAAAAUGUGUACUGUGGAGGAAAGCUCAAAAUGUAAUGAACAUGGGAAAGUUUUCACUGGCCCCUUGUCCCUUCAGAUAUGUGUGAGACCUCACACUGGAGAGAAACGUUAUGAAUAUAGCAAUUGUGGGAAAGCCUUUGUUUUUCUGUCUUCCCUUAAGAAACAUGUGAGAUCACACAUGGGAGAGAAACCUUACGAGUGUAAUCAUUGCAGAAAAUCCUUCAGCCAGAGCUCUCAUCUUAAUGUGCACAAAAGAACUCACACUGGAGAGAAACCCUACGACUGUAAGGAAUGUGGCAAGGCUUUCACUGUUCCUUCAUCCCUUCAGAAACACAUGAGAACCCACACUGGAGAGAAACCCUAUGAAUGCAGUGACUGUGGGAAAUCCUUUAUUGAUCAGUCAUCCCUUAAGAAACAUACACGAUCUCACACUGGAGAGAAACCUUAUGAGUGUAAUCAAUGUGGAAAAUCCUUCAGCACAGGCUCUUAUCUUAUUGUACACAGGAGAACUCACACUGGAGAGAAAACCUAUGAGUGUAAAGAAUGUGGGAAGGCCUUUAGGAAUUCCUCUUGCCUAAGGGUCCAUAUGAGAACUCACACAGGAGAGAAGCCCUAUAAAUGUAUUCAGUGUGGAAAAGCAUUCAGCACCAGCACUAACCUUAUAAUGCACAAACAAAUACAUACUGGGCAGAAACUAUAUGAAUGA